CCUCUGGGCCUCUUUCCUCACCUGUUGGUUUAAAAGUUGUGAGAUGUAAUGAAGAGAUCAACUGAGACCUGGUCUGACCAUGAAGAGGAUGUUCUUGCUCCUGGUCUUCCUGCUGGCUGUCCUCCCAGUCCAGGCUGAAGGAGGGAAAAUCAUAUGGGGUACGGAGUCCAAACCCCACUCCCGGCCCUACAUGGCAUUCAUAAAUUUUUAUGAUAGCAAUUUAAACAUCAUGCGCUGCGGUGGGUUUCUAGUGAAAGAAGACAUCGUAAUGACAGCAGCUCACUGUCAUGGAAGCAAUAUAAAUGUCACCUUAGGGGCUCACAACAUCAGGGAACAGAAAAACACCCAGUUCAUUCCUGUUCUUAAAGCCAAACCUCACCAGGGCUAUAAUCCUGUAACAUUGGUUAAUGACAUCAUGCUCCUGAAGCUGAAACACAAAGCUCAACUCAACAGUGUUGUGAAGACUAUUGCCCUGCCAAACAGCAAGGACUGGGUGAGACCUGGGCAGGUGUGCACAGUGGCAGGCUGGGGAACCUUGGAAAAUUGUACUUUGCCUAACACACUUCAAGAAGUGGAGCUAGAAGUUCAAAAAGGCCAGACGUGCUAUGGCAUGUCCAAAUCCUACGACGACUCCAUCCAGCUCUGUGUGGGAAAUCCCAAUGAGAAGAAGGCUACUGCUUGGGGAGAUUCUGGGGGACCCUUUGUGUGUGGCGGAGUGGCCCAGGGCAUUGUCAGUUAUCACUUGUGUCCUUGGAAACCAACUCGGAUAUUCACCAGAAUCUCCAGCUUUAUACCUUGGAUUCAGAAAACGAUGAAACUCCUGUGACAACCCUAGAACACAAAACCUGUGUCUGGGCCAGUGUGCAGCAUCCGGGGAUGGCUGUCUGAGUCUUAAUAAAGAAAUCUGUCUGCAGGAAAAAGAUGGUGUUGCUC